UCUCUGUCUUCUAUAACAAGAAACAGCACAUUUGCACCACCUUGUCUGUCUACUUGAGUACAGAAAAGUUGCUAAGAAAUAAAAAUAUAAAAAAAUGACUCAUACCAUCAAAGUGUUAUUUCGUUUGUUCAUUUUAAUCUUCUACAUGAGAACUAGCACUUCACUUGACAGUUUAGCCGUCAAUCAAUCUAUCCGAGACGGCCAGACAUUAGUUUCGGCUAAUGGGAUUUUUGAAAUAGGUUUCUUCAGUCCUGGAAAUUCAAAAGGUCGGUAUUUGGGUAUGUGGUACAAGAAUUUAACACCUUUAACAGCCGUAUGGGUGGCUAACAGGGAAACACCGGUGCACAAUAACUCCGGAGUCUUAAAACUCAAUGAAAAUGGUGUUCUUGUUAUUCUCAGUGGCGCAAACAGCAAUGUUUGGUCGUCCAAGAUAUCAGAAACAGUCUUCGUCAAUAAUUCAAUAAAUGCUCAGCUCUUGGACACGGGAAAUUUUGUGUUGAAAAAUGGGAAGGACUAUAUUUUGUGGCAGAGUUUUGAUUAUCCAUGUGAUACAUUACUGCCGGGAAUGAAGCUUGGAUGGAACUUAGUAACUGGUCUAAACAAGAUUCAAUCAUCGUGGAAAAGUACAGAUGAUCCAGCAAAGGGAGAAUAUUCUAGUGGUGUUGACCUCCGAGGAUAUCCACAAGUAGUUAUAAUGAAGGGGUCCGCCAUAAAAUUGAGAGUAGGAUCAUGGAAUGGUCGCUCUUUUACCGGAUAUCCAACACAACCAUUGAAAGAGAAGCAAAUAUUUGAAUUUGUCAUAACUGACAAAGAAGUGUAUCAUCGAUAUGAAGUCGUUGAUAGAUCAAUGAUUUGCGUAUAUAGACUGUCCCUUACAGGAAAUUUGCAGGCUUUAUGUUGGACAAGUCAUUCGAGCUCAAGGAUAGUUAUCUACACCGGCGCGGAAGAUUCAUGUGAUAAUUAUGCAAUGUGUGGUGCUAAUUCUAUAUGCAAUAUGGAUGGCAAUGUGCCGAAAUGUGAAUGCCUGAAAAGUUAUGUUCCUAAGUUUCCUGAACAAUGGAAUAUAUCAUAUUGGUCUGGUGGCUGCGUUCCGAAAAUUGAAUUAGUUUGCGGAAACAACAACACAAGUGGCUUCUUGAGGUACAAAGAAAUGAAAUUGCCAGACACUUCUUCAUCGUUGUAUAAUAAGACUAUGAACCUUGUGGAAUGUCAAAGAGUGUGUACGAAAAAUUGUUCGUGUACCGGUUAUGCAAAUAUGGAUAUCCGAAAUGGAGGUAGUGGCUGUCUUCUUUGGUUUGGUGAUCUGGUUGAUAUGAGAGUAAUCUCCCAAUGGGGGCAAGAUCUCUUUAUCAAAGUCCCUUCUUCUGAACUAGAUUACAUUAGUGUUGAUGUCCCUAGAAGCAUGAAAAAGCGGCUGGUGCGGAUCACAGUUGGCCUGAUUACUGUUGGAUUUUUAACAUGUGCCUGCAUAAUAAUAUUUAUAAGGAAAGUGGCACCAAGGUUAUAUCGUCGUGCACCAUUUCAGAAAAGGCAAGUAUAUUCGAGAUUGAUAAAGGAAGACAUGGAUCUACCGAUAUUUGAUUUUUCAAUCCUUGUUAAAGCCACUUAUAACUUCUCUAGCACAAAUAAACUUGGGGAAGGUGGAUUUGGACCAGUGUAUAAGGGAACACUCGUAGACGGGAAGGAGGUAGCCAUAAAACGACACUCAAAGGUGUCAGAUCAAGGAUUGGAGGAGUUUAAAAAUGAAGUUGUGUUGAUUGCAAAACUUCAACACCGUAAUCUUGUGAAGCUUCUUGGUUGCUGCAUUCAUAGAGAGGAAAUGUUAUUGAUAUAUGAAUACAUGCCCAACAAAAGUUUAGACUACUUCAUCUUUGAUGAAACCAGAAGCAAGCUCUUGGGCUGGACGCACCGUUCCCACAUUAUUGCUGGCAUUGCUAGAGGACUUCUUUAUCUUCACCAAGACUCUAGACUCAGAAUUAUUCAUCGAGACUUGAAAACCAGCAAUAUCCUAUUAGAUGCCCAUAUGAUUCCAAAAAUCUCAGAUUUUGGCUUGGCUCGGACAUUUGGGGGAGAUCAAGUUGAAGCCAAAACAAAAAAGAUGGUCGGAACAUAUGGUUACAUGCCUCCAGAGUAUGCAGUGCACGGUCGUUACUCCAUGAAAUCCGAUGUGUUUAGUUUUGGCGUAAUAAUAUUGGAGAUAAUUAGUGGGAAUAAAAUUAAGGGGUUUUACGACUCAGAAAACUCUCUCAACCUCCUUGGAUAUGCUUGGAGACUCUGGAUUGAAAACAUGCCACUGGAACUAUUAGAUACGCAUUUAUUUGAGAUGUGCAUUUCUUCUGAAGUCAUAAGAAGCAUACAUGUUGGGUUGUUAUGCGUACAACAAAAACCCGAAGAUAGGCCGGACAUGUCCUCUGUCAUUCUUAUGUUGAAUGGUGAGAAAUUAUUGCCUCAGCCGAAGGCUCCUGGAUUUUAUUCUGGAAAGAGUUCACUCGAAGCCACGUCUCUAUCCUCAAAUCAGAUGUCACUUACAAUUUUUGAGGCAAGAUAGAUUAUGAAGAAUCAAAGCAAUAAAAUCUGUAUUCUGAUAUAGCUUCCAAAUUUAUAGAGUGAACCUGUAAAUGUAUAUGUAGCUUCCUUUUGUUGAUAUGAAUCGUUCAUAUCUCCUUUGAUAAAUUAUUACAAACUUGUUUAUUGAUUCAAAA